CGGCAUCAGUAACUCCAGUCGUCCCAGAUGAUUUAACGGAGUCCAGACUCGCCCCUGCACCGGAUUCACACACUUUAUUAUGCUGGGUUAUUUGCUUCGGACUGAUGAUGAUCAUUGCAGAUCUCUGGCGUAAUAAAUGCACCGUUCUUUUGUGUGAUGGGUCCAAACCACCGAUGCAUUAGACUGAGGCAAAAGUUCCUACUCAAACUAUCUCCAUUUAAAUGGACUGUAGAUGUACCAGGGGUGAUCUGUCUUCCCCUCUGUGCAGUUUGACAUGAUGGUUCAGCUGGACUGCGGGAGUAAAGUUUUGGGACCAGCAAGUUUCUCUCUCUUGUUUGUGAUAACAGCUGGGCUUCUGUCCAUUCUGGAGAGCACAAACACGAGCGGAUAUAAUCACGACACAGAUAGUUCUCUUGAUGGAUUUCCAAACUAUGAAGUUGUUCAUCCUAUCCGAGUGGAUUCAUCAGGACAUUUUUUGUCCAAUCUUGUGUCCCACCGCGUGAGUCGAAUUCAGAGGAGAGAGACGGCAAAUAACAAAGAGAGCCUGACCCGGGUUUUCUACCGUCUGCAGUAUGGUGGUCAGGACCUGCACUUUAACCUCACCCUAAACCCUCAUCUACUAGCGCCUGGAUUCCUCACAGAGCGAAGGUACGGUGGCCUGCAAGGGUCUACGUUACACGGUCAUGGCCACUCUCUCUGCUUCUUCUUGGGAGAUGUCUGGAGCAGUAAACUGACCUGGGGUCAAGCAGCUGUGAGCACCUGCAAUGGCCUGACAGGGCUGUUCAAGCUCUCAGAAGAGGAAUUCUUCAUUAGUCCACUGGAGACGGCACAAGAAGAGUCAAACCCACAGACUCACGCCAUCUAUAAGCGACAUGCUGUCCAAUCAGAACGCCAGCUGGUGCAACCUCUGUUCGGGGAGCACUCAGCCAACGCCACCUGUGGGGUCAGAGGAGAAGCAGAGCAGGUGGAGAGGCAACGAGAGCGCUGGGAGAGACGGCAGCGGCGCAGGCGCAUCAGACAGCGAUCCAUCAGCUCUGAGAAGUGGGUCGAGACUCUGGUAGUGGCUGAUUCUAAAAUGGUGGAGUACCAUGGAAGCAAAGGAGUUGUGAGCUAUGUGCUCUCUGUCAUGAAUAUUGUGGCAGGGUUGUUUCGGGAUGCCAGCAUCGGAAAUUCCAUCAACAUUGCAGUCGUGCGUCUCAUUCUGCUGGAAAAGGACGAGGAGGAUUUGAAGAUCACCCAUCAUGCAGACAACAGCCUGAACAGCUUCUGUAAGUGGCAGAAAGGCAUUAACAUGAAGGAUGACGAUCAUCCAGUCCAUCAUGAUGUGGCUGUCCUGAUCACUAGGAAAGACAUUUGUGCCGCCAUCAAUAAGCCCUGUGAGACGUUGGGACUGUCUCAUGUGGCUGGAAUGUGUCAGCCUCACCGCAGCUGCAGUAUUAAUGAAGACACGGGCCUUCCUCUGGCGUUCACAGUUGCACAUGAGCUCGGACACAACUUUGGGAUUCAGCAUGAUGGGAACGGCAAUGACUGCGAGCCCAUCGGGAAAAGGCCUUUCGUCAUGUCUCCACAGCUCCUGUACGGCACCUCUCCACCAAACUGGUCCCGCUGCAGUCGUCAGUACAUCACACGCUUCCUCGAUCGAGGCUGGGGCUGGUGUCUGGAUGAUCCUCCCGUCAGAAACGAGCUGUCGAAGCGUUCAUCUCCCGCUGGUGUCCUGUACAGCGCCGCUCACCAGUGCAAGCUCCAGUACGGGUCAAACUCACUGCUCUGUGACGACGUAGACAACAUGUGCAGCACCCUGUGGUGUACAGUGGGCUCGACCUGCCACUCCAGGCUGGACGGUGCCGUGGAUGGGACCAAGUGUGGAGAGGACAAGUGGUGUUUUGACGGUGAGUGUGUGGUGAUGGGCUCCCAGCCUGAAAGCGUGAAUGGAGGCUGGGAUUCAUGGAGCGACUGGUCCGAGUGCACCAGGACCUGCGGCGCGGGCGUUCAAAAUGCCCAGAGGGACUGUGUCAACCCAGUACCCAAGUAUGGCGGUAAAUACUGUCUGGGAGAACGCCGCAGAUAUCGAACCUGUAACCGUGACCCCUGCCCUGUGGACCAGCCCAGCUUCAGAUACAUCCAGUGCUCCCGCUUUAACACAGUCCCUUAUAAGGGGAAGUUUUAUAAAUGGACGCAUGUGAAUAACAGAGUUGAUCCGUGCGAGCUGCACUGCAGACCUGUGAACGAGCACUUCUCGGAGCGGAUGCUAGACACGGUCUUGGACGGGACGCAGUGUUAUGAAGGCAGUCAGAGCCGAGACAUAUGCGUGAACGGCAUUUGCAAGUACAUAGGCUGUGAUUAUGUAAUCGACUCGAAUGCCGUUGAGGAUCAAUGUGGGGUUUGCCAUGGAAAUGGAUCUACAUGUGAGACAGUGAGAAAGACCUUUGAGGACAGCGAAGGGCUCGGCUAUGUAGACAUAGGCCUUAUUCCGGAAGGAGCACGGGACAUCCGUAUUGAGGAAGUCGCAGAGGCUGAGAACUACUUGGCAUUACGCAGUAAUGACCCUGAUAAAUAUUUCCUGAACGGUGGAUGGACGAUCCAGUGGAAUGGCGAGUAUAAGGCAGCAGGAACAGUAUUCACUUACGAAAGGACCGGGCAGCUGGAAAAUAUAUCUUCCCCCGGACCGACCAUGGAGCCGGUGUGGAUUCAGCUGCUUUUUCAGGAGUCGAAUCCAGGGGUGAGGUACGAGUACACCAUAAGCAGAGACACUGUAGUCGAUUCCAACAACGGCACUGCUGUCUCUUAUUUCCAGUGGAUUUAUGGGAGUUGGACGGAGUGCAGCGCCACAUGUGGAACUGGUGUGCAAAGGCAAGUUGUACACUGUGUGGAGAGAACAUCUGGGAUCGUUGAGGAGCAUUACUGUGAUCAGUCUACUAGGCCUGAUGACAAGCAAACUACCUGUAAUAAGGGCUCAUGUCCAGCCAUAUGGUGGGUUGGAGAGUGGCAGAAGUGCUCAUCUAGCUGUGGGGACAUGGGGCUUAGGAAGAGAACAGUGCUGUGUAUUCGGAGCCUAGGGCUGGAUGAGCAACAAGCGCUUCAGCCCACUGAAUGUCAACACUUGCCUAAGCCUGAGUCAAUCGUCCCGUGUAACACACGCGUGUCCUGUCCUGCUGACUGGACUUCAGGAAGCUGGUCAGAGUGCUCAGUGAGCUGUGCAGAUGGUUUCCGCAUACGUGACGUGACCUGCAGCUGGAAUACUGGUGUAGACUGUGAUCCGAAAGCCAAGCCUAAUUCAACCAUGCCAUGCUAUGCUAAGGACUGCCCCAUAAACUCGGACAACUUUGGCAACGACUGGUCCGGAAGUGGAGCGUCCAGCAAAGAAUUUUUCAAUGAGAUAAAAGCUAUACCUCAUGACAGUCUUACUCUAAAUCAGCCCAGGGGCAAUGUUGACCUCAAUGACAUUAUAGAAGAUGAUUUCUCACAUUACAGUCAUAUUGAAAAGUCCUCUGAAAAUUCUAUUGUGAAAAAUCUUCAAGUUGAUGAUUUUUACUAUGACUAUAAUUUUAUAAAAUUCCAUGAGGAUCUAUCGUAUGACCUUAAUAAAGAUGAAAAGGAUAUGUUUGAUAACUCAGGAAUAAAACAUGGAGACGUUUAUCUGGCAGGGACAGAUGUCCCCGCAACUACCUCUUCGCCAUCCACCACUGCAAACCAAAACAGUCCCACCACUAUUCGCUUUGACAGCAUUACAAGCAAGGGUUCUGAAGGUCAUGGGCCUCAAAAGAAAGACGUACUGGAUGAAAAUAAUGAUGAGCUAUUUGCUGAGGACUAUUUUCUGCCUGUCAUUACAACAACUGAACCAUCCUCUGUAGCUACCAGGUUGUUUAACAAAUUGAAGGCAUCAGACUUUGAUAUUGGCUUGAGUCAGGACAUCAGCAUUACAAGGAAACCUCCGUCCACUGCAGAUGUGUCCCCUCAGGACAAGCUCACAUUAUCAUAUGAAACUGUGCCAAACAUCUUUUUAACUCCUGAAACGCAUGUAAGUUUGAAUGGAAAUUCAAAUAACCACGACGAAUACAAAGGCAAUCAAAAAGAUAAAACCAAAAUGCCAGUAACUGAAGAUGAGAAUGAAGGGGAGUUUGGUGAAGAUGUUCCUGUGGGUGAAAGUGACUGGGAAAGCUUUCAACCUCAGCAUAGCACUCAAAAUUAUGAACCAAAAAGGAACAGACAUGUUUAUAAUCCCACUACUCAAUUACAAAGGAUUACGACCUCGCCGACAGUCUCACUGAGUGCAACUUCUCACCCAAUGGAUCUUCUAAGCAGUGCUCCCAGUAAUGACUUAGUUUUCACUGACCCAACAACUAAAACGAAGGCUAGUGAACCAUGGCCCGCUGUAAGAGAGUUUACUACGACCUCAGAUAGCCUUUCUCAAGAGUCUGCUCCUUCUCUAACUUCCUCUAUCCCAGCCAAACAUUACAGUAGCAUGACCUCAGCAGCUGGAACAACAGCUCUACCUCCUACAGAAACGGAAAGUGACUUUGAGCCCCCACUCUUCACUCCGACUGAGAUUCCUGACACUACAAUUGCAGCAGAACCUCACAGUUGGUAUUUAGGAACCAUUGCAACAACUAAGACAAACGGGCCUAGAAUAGAGCCUUGGGGAACUCCGAUCCCCUUACCUCGCUGGACAGAGAUUGGUAACAAUGAGAUUAUUAUUUCCCGAACGCUUAGACCUACUGGGCUGAACCCGACUCUCUCUACUCCUACUGAGCAGCCAUCUCAGGACAUUAGCAUUGAGCAUUCAGUGCAUUCUUCUAGCCCUAUGAUGCCCACUGGACUGGUCAUGUCUUCCCUUUCCCCAUCGGCCUCCCCUGCACACUGGAAAAAAGCUAACUGGAGUGCUUGCUCCACAAGUUGUGGGCUUGGUGCCAUCUGGAGAUCAGUGUCCUGCAGCACUGGUGAAGAAUCAGACUGUGAUUUAGCCACUAGGCCAGUGCCAGCGCGCCGCUGCUACCUUCGACCCUGCUCUGCAUGGAAAAUUGGAGAGUGGACUAAAUGCUCGAAAAACUGUGGUGUAGGAGUGAAGGUUCGAGAGAUUCAGUGUUACGACGCACGAGAUCAAAGGUUGCUGAGGCCGUUUCAUUGCCAGGCCACCUCCCCAAGACCUCCUGUCCGAAUUCCCUGUAACAUCCACAGCUGUUUAGAUUGGUACACCUCCUCUUGGGGGCAGUGUUCAGAGCUGUGUGGAGUUGGGGAGCAACAGAGGCUGGUCACUUGCCCUGAAACUGGGAAAUGUGAUGACGACGGGCAGCCCAGCUACAUCCAGACUUGCAACAUCCAUCCAUGCAACCAGUGGAUUACUGGAUCCUGGGGUCAGUGCUCGGUGUCCUGCGGAGGAGGCGUUCAGCAGCGAUUGGUCAAAUGUGUCAACACUAAGGCCGAGCUUGAGGAUGAAAAUGAGCAUGUGGAUUGUGAUCAUGAACCUCGACCAAAGAACACAAAGAAGUGUAACGUUCACGACUGUGACAGCGCCCCCUCUGGUCAGUUGUGUUUACGGGACCAUUUGACACUCCGCUUCUGUCAGACCCUCCGAUUGCUUGGCCGAUGUCAGGUGCCUUCGGUCCGGGUAAAGUGUUGCAGGACCUGCGGGCUCCCGUCACGGGGCGGCGAACGCACUGCAAGCCGCUGACAUACAAAGGCAUUCCAGAAUGACCGUUGUAACACAAGAUUAUGACACAAAUACUCAAAGCAGCUACCCAGACAGCAACAUAGUGUC